CAAACACUCCUUAGAUUUUUUUUUUCAACACAAAAAUGACCACUUUCACAAAUCCUACAACUUUGUUCCAUCCAAAAACCAAAAUAACCAAAACUCAUCACACACAAUGCAAGACACUACCCAAAAUCCAAUCUAACUUAUCAACUAAUGAACAAAACUUCUCAUGUAGACGCAAACUCAUCGCGACUUUUCUAGUCACUCCAUUGACACUAGGCCUACAAUUCACCCCUUUAGCAUUAGCUGAAAAUUGGGGCGUUCGAUCAUUCUUAAGAGAACAUUUCUUUGAGCCUGGAUUGUCCCCUGAAGAUGCAGUAGCACGAAUUCGUCAAACAGCAGAUGGACUACAUAGUAUUAAAGAGAUGUUGGAGACUAACUCAUGGAGGUAUGUAUUGUUUUAUAUACGACUUAAAUCAGCUUAUCUUAAACAGGACGUGAAGAAUGCCUUAUCCAGGGUGCCUGAAAGUCGAAAAGAGUCUUAUAUUAAAACUGUCAAUGAGCUUACUGAUAACAUGGCUGAGUUUGAUUACUACAUUCGAACACCAAAGGUAUAUGAAUCUCGUGUAUUCUAUGAGAAGACGUUGAAAUCAAUUGAUGAAUUGGUGGGAUUACUUGCAUAAUAAUAUCAUCAGGCUCAAAGUACCCAUUGCCACAGCACUUGCUAAGGUUCCAACAAGUGCAACGAUACGUAAAACAAGAUCAAAUACAGAGAUUCCUCUGUUCACUCCAUGAACUCUUUUGGCCUUUGAUCCCUCUCCAGUUUCAAUUGAUACUGCCUUCAUUUUUUCCUUUUAGCUCAAACUUUGAAACUAGAAUGAAAUUUUGUUGUUAUGAUUUGUAUGUCAAGUGUGAUGCGAAUUUAUACUAACAAGUGAACCAAAUCAUGUAACAGAGUUACAAAUAGUAUUAGGUUUUGAUGACACAUAA